CUGUACCUGAUCACUUUGUGCUAACUAUUAGGUCAAACCCUUCACUCGUGGAUUGUGCUGAAAAAGUGUUUGUCUUGUGUUCGUGUCGCCCGCGAAGUUCUCUCUUCUUUCACAAUGAAGUCCGUGGUGCUGUGCGUGCUGGUGGUGGUGGCUGCAGCGGCUGCUGCUCCUCAGAGGGAGGGAGCUGCCUACACACGGGAGGCCAUCAAGCAGGCACAGAACACACACCUCAUCCCCAAGGACGCAGAGAUCCAGAAGGUCCAGGAAGGUAUCGAGCUGGCAGCAUACGAGUCCAUCCCCGUGAACCAGAGGAUCAACCUGUUCGAGAUCCUGGGUGACCAGGUACCUUCCGAGGUCAUCAACAACCUGCAGGGACAGAUCGACCAGAUCGGUCACCGCCAGUAAUCUAUUAAUACUUAAGAAACAGUGCUUCACGACGACCAGUAGCAGCUGAAACAUACAUGGAGAAGAUGCGCACUGCUGAGUGGUGCAGUUCCAAUGGAAGCUGCUUGGCAAUUAUGGACGAUAAUGUGGUGGUCAGCUCGAGGCCACCCCCCACUGUUGCAACCGCUACUGGCCCCCGGUGAAGACACCGUCGAGAUAUAUUUAAUUUAUUGGUGACGCAAGUCGAGUACGAGACAGUGAAUGUGAUAUUGUGCAACAUCACCGUUUUAUACGUUUGUACAUAAAUAAUGUUAAAAAAUAAAUUGGUCGAACGAUGUCCAA